AUGUUUGGAUUACUAUUCAUUAUAUUGAUAGCGGCAGACAUUGGUUUUGCUCUUGAAUGUCGAACUGACUGUUCUCUUGGCCCUUAUAAUUUCAGUCAAGCGUUUAAUAUUCCUGAUGGAAGAUGUCGACAACGAAAAUUGGGAGAUGUUUGUGGAACUGAUAUCCAAUUAAGAUAUGAUACUUCUUCGUAUAAUGUACAAUUUAACAUUCUUAUGUCAUCGUCAGAUUCUAUCUAUAUAUCAUCUGGACCCUACCUAAGUUAUAGCAUUGAUUAUCAAUGCACAAAAGGCACCGAUUGUGUUGUAUCAUAUGUAAAGAACAGAAUUAAUGAAAUGACUAAUCGCAACUAUAAUGCACGAGCCAUAUAUGAUGAAAUUGCUCCAAUUAUCAAGAAUCCUUUUCGGAAUAGUUCAAUCGAAUGUUAUAAUAUAAGACAAGAACCUAUCAUAUGUUCAACUGAUUAUACAUGCAAUUUAAAUUAUAAUCAACGAGAAAAUAAGUUCAGAUCACUUGGUUGCAAUCUAAAUCGUGAACCUAAGGUUUUUGUUUAUGAUGGUGGCUCUUAUACAUCAUUUCAAAUUGAUUGUAAUCGUAAUUUAUGCAAUAAUGAGGAAACAUUUUCACAAAUAAAAUAUGUAUUAAGCAAUUACGGCUUAACAGAUGCGAAUGGACGACGAAUUGCCAAUGGGAAUAAACAAAUGGUUUCUUUACUAUUAAUGUCGUCCACUUUGAUUUUUAUUAUGUUUUAUUUUUUCUAA